UCGUAUAGCUGGGGUUUGGGAUUCACUUGGUCAUUGCAGAACACCUUCUGUUAGUCUCCUGAAUAGCAUAAGCACACUUAAACCCGAAAAGAUUUAUAAAUUCUUUUGUCACUGGGACAAGAAGUUUGAUACGGUGGUGUGUUGCAGUAAGGGUCAGAGGUGAAGUGGGGAAAUGGAUAGAUGCAAGCCCAGAAUUCUAGUGGUGAACAUGUUGAAGCAAGAUGCUGCAGUGGAGUUAAAUGCAUGAAGAAAUCUGUGGAGACAUAUACAACGCAAUCUUGUGUAGCUGCAAAUUCACUGGAGGCUUUCCACAGCGGCCACCAGAAAGCUACCUCAGGUGAGCAAGACGCAGUACGUGAGGGACCAAAAAACAAAACGAUGGAGCAAGUAAAGGCAGAUCCUAUGGAAAAACAGACAGCCCCAUUUGUGUUUGCCACCAUGAAGAAACAGGGUGUCCAGGGAGACCCUGAGAAUCGCCCUUACAAGUGCACGCACUGCAGCUGGGCUUUCAAGAAGUCCAGCAACCUCCUGAGCCACAUGGACACACACAGAGGUCUGAAGCCCCAUGUAUGCGAGCUGUGCGGCAAGGCCUACUCCCACCAGGGCACUCUGCAGCAGCACAAACGCCUGCACACUGGGGAGCGGCCCUACCACUGCCCCUUCUGCGAUCGCACCUAUAUCUGGUCCUCGGACUACCGCAAGCACAUCCGCAUGCACACUGGCGAGAAGCCCUACACCUGCGCAUCCUGCGGAAAGGACUUCGUGCGCUCGUCCGAUUUGCGCAAGCACGAGCGCAACAUACACGCCAACAACAAGCCGUUCCCCUGCACGCAGUGCGGCCAGACCUUCAACAAGCCCCUGUCCCUGCUCCGCCACCAGCGCACCCACCUGGGCGAGAAGCCCUUCAGCUGCCCAGACUGUGGGAAGGAGUUUGCAGUAGCCAGUCGCAUGGUGGAGCACCAGAAGACCCACAGGGGGGUGCGGCCCUACACCUGUCCCAUCUGCUCCAAAUCCUUCACUAAGUCCUCCAACCUGCUGGAGCACCAGACGCUGCACAGCGGCCUGCGGCCUCACAAGUGCUCUGAAUGCGGGGUGGCUUUCGCCAUGGCCUCCCGCUUGGCACGCCACCAGCGCGUCCACACGAGGGAGCAGCCGUUUGGGUGCCGGGCCUGUGGCAUGUCCUUUAGUCGCUCUGCUGCCCUCAAGCGCCAUCAGGAGCAGCACUGCAGCCAGAGGACCUAG